CGGACAGGUGUCAUCCUAACCGAACACGAAGGAGACCAAAGAUCUGGAUGAAGUGUCGGAGCCGGAGGUGGGAAAUGAUCAGCAGAAGGAGUUAAAACGAAAGAGACGAGCGGGAAGAGUUUGAAUCCAUGUGACGUCCUUCGGAGGGAGCGACCAUGAGGAGGACCAGACAGAUCAACAUCAGGCGGGCCCUCGCCCUCGCUGGCGCCUUCAACUUCCUGUGCUCCUGCGCCAAGGCCAGCCUGCUCCCCUUCCUCACCCUCUACUUCCGGCAGCUGGGCCUGAGUCCGGCGAUGACGGGCAUCAUCAUGGGCGCCAAGCACCUCAUGACGCUGGUGUGGAGCCCCGCGGCAAGCCUGCUGUCCAAACACUACAACAAGAGGCGGGUGGCCAUAAACUGCUCGCUUGUGCUUUCGGCCGCGGUUGCUCUCGUCCUGCUGGUUCUCCCCCCCGCGGGGGCUCCCGGCGCGCUGACCAGCUCCUGUAACACUUCAAAUACCAGUUCUGCUCCAACCCAAGACCUGCAUAAGUUUAACACCAGCAGUGCCAGUAUACGCCCACACACUCUGACCACCUCACCUUCAAACGGCUCCGCUGACGUGAACCCUGGUCCUGAAACGACAAACUCGUCUUCAUCUGCGCACAAAGAGGAACCCCGCCCUCGGCUGUCACAGACGAACACGUCAGUGGUUCUCAGCAGCAGCCAUGAAGAAAUGAAGACUUUAAAUUCUACUGUCGCUGCUUUAGAGACUAAAGUGAGACGGAGCAGGUCUGUGAUGGUUCUGGAGGAGACGGAGCCGAGCAGGUUUGAGUUUCUGGGCAGCCUGAAGGAGAUGGACUCUCAGAGCCAGCUCUUCUUCCUCAUCCUCAUCAUCAUGUCGGUGUGGGAGCUGGUGUCGGCUCCUCUGGAGUGCACCGCAGACGAAGGCCUCUAUGAGUAUUUGGACUUCGCCGACGCCUCGGACCAUUACAGCAGCACAGAGGUGUGGGGUUUGCUCGGAGCGGCGUGUGGGGCCGGGGGCACCGGGCUGCUGGUCAGCCGGCUCAGCUGCCUCAUCGCUGCCGACACCCCCAGGACGGCGGUGCAUUUCUACUGCUACGCCGGCCUGGCGGCCGCGGCCCUGCCUGUGGCCGUCUACCUCCCCCUCUACCUGAAUAAGAAGCGGGACCGGGCCAGGGGGCUGCUGAAAGCCUUGCAGCUGGUGCACGGAUCCCCCCACGCUCUGCUCUGCGCCUUCACCGUCUUCCUCGCCGGGGUGGCCGGCUCAGCCGUGGACAACUUCCUCCUCUGGCAGAUGCAGGAUCACGGCAGCAGUGAGCUGCACAUGGGGGCGUCCCUGUCCCUCGCUUCGCUCUCGCAGGCCGCCUUCCCCCUUCUGUCCGCCAGAGUUUCUAAACUCCUCCGGCCGGGGAGAGUGCUCGUAGCUGGGAGCGCGAGCCUCGGGCUGCAGUGCUUCUACUACUCCCUCCUCUGGAGCCCCUGGGCUGCCCUACCUGCUCAGGUGCUCAGCGCCUUCAGCAGCGGCGCCCUCUGGUGGGCGGUGAGGACGCAGUGCGAGGACGUAGCCACACCGGGGGCCGAGAGGAGCGUGAGGAGGGUCUUCAACUUUCUGUCUCUGCUCCUGGGGAGUGGUCUCGGCAGUCUGGCCGGAGGGUUCGUGGUGCAGAGGUUCGGUGUGACGUGGCUGUUCAGAGGCGUGGCGGCGGGUCUGAUGGCGUGGUCCGUGUGCCUGCCUCUGCUCCAGUGGAAAGCCCCUCGCCAGCGCCGGAUCAACUACUCCCGCCUACUGGCAGCGGAUGCGAGCGAAGCCAGCGACUCGGAGUCUGAGCUGGAGAGGGACUGGCUGGAUAAGGCGAUGGAGGAGGACAGAGGAAACAACAACUAUAACGGGAGGAAGAGCUUCUGA